AUGGCGACCUGCACGCUAAACCCCGUCGAUAUCAUCGAGCGUGCCAAGGCCGCGCGUAAGCGCAGGCUUCAGGAGCUCUACGUUACGGGAAGUAGGACAAGGCACGCGAACAGCUCCCGGCUCGACGGGUCCCGGUUCGCGGAAACGGAAGAGGGUUCAGGCGAUAGUUGGGAUGAGUCAAUUUCAGCCGACCCUUCCUCAGCCACGCCUCUCCCUGUAGGACCUCCUGUCCUUGACGAGUUUCACGGAAGCUGGGAACGAGCUGAAGCGGGUGUAAAUAAAAGAGCGAGAGUUUUAGUGAAGGUGUCGACGGGUUCAGCAGAAGGACCGGCUCCUGCGGUGGAGUCGGGAGAAGUCAGUGCGGGCUGCUCCGGACACAAACGGUCGCAGCUGCUUCCCAUGUUCUCACAGGCGGCUGUGACGCUUGGGUUCGGACCAUCGGACUUACUGACGGCCGUGAUGCUUCACGACGCGUGUCAAUUGCGAUGCCGGCUCGGCGGAGCGUGCUGCCACCGCGACACGGUGCAGCGUCAUGUACUCGCCCUGACGUGCCUCUUCGUCGCUCACAAAGCCAGGGCCGCGCGCACAUCCACCAAUUCCUUGAGCACUGACGCCUUUUGCCAGACAUUGGCAUGUCUAGAGGGUUUAUCGGCGGUCAAGGGGUGCAUGCUGGAGCGUCAGCUCGACUGGGUGUCUCGCCUCUUCCCCUCCCUGCAUCUCCCGGCCUCCGGAGACAUGGAAGCCGCUGCUGGGCUCUUACGCAGUCUAUGGUCGUCGUUGUUCCGCGACGGGAACUCAUCGUCUCACGCUCGUUACCUCGCAGCCUUCGUGCUUCAGCUUAGGACUACCGUUUUCGGCCGGAUGAAGGUCCCUCCCAGUGUAGUAGCCGCUGCCGCUGACGUAGCUGUUCGCGGAGUCAAGUCGACAAGGAAGCAGGACCUGGUCCGUGCUUUCGCCUUGACGUCGCCAGCUUCGCAACUGCGCGGCCAUACUGCAGGCAAUGCGUCGCUCGCCAGGCGCGUUGCUCUGCCUGCUGACUCCGAAGCAUCUGCUGUCGCCAUGGCUGCCGCAGCAGGUGUUCUUACUGACCUCGCUAACUCGCCUGCUACCACUGCCGUCGCAGCUCCCUCGCAAUCUCUUUUGCUCCUCACGUACUCUCAACCUCAGCUCAGCCCACUUGUGCUGCUUUCCUCUCUCACAGCCAGCCGCCAUGGAUCUUUGCGUAUUUGGCGGGUGGGCAAGCGAGAGAGCAGCAUGGCGCGCAAGGGUUUAAUGGAGCAGGAUCUCAAGACGCUGGAUGUGACGAAGCUCAAUCCGCUGUCUCCUGAAGUCAUCAGUCGACAAGCCACCAUUAACAUCGGUACAAUCGGCCAUGUGGCUCACGGCAAAUCGACUGUCGUUAAGGCCAUUUCUGGCGUCCAGACGGUGCGGUUUAAGAACGAGUUGGAGCGAAACAUCACGAUCAAGCUGGGAUACGCCAACGCCAAGAUUUACAAAUGCGAGGACGACGCCUGCCCUCGCCCCAUGUGCUACAAGGCGUACGGUAGCAGCAAGGAGGACAGCCCGCUCUGCGACGUGCCGGGAUUCGAAAAGGCUCGCAUGAAGCUGAUGCGCCACGUGUCGUUCGUUGAUUGCCCGGGCCACGACAUUCUGAUGGCGACGAUGCUGAACGGCGCGGCGAUCAUGGACGGCGCGCUGCUGCUGAUCGCGGGGAACGAGAGCUGCCCGCAGCCGCAGACGUCGGAGCACCUGGCGGCGGUGGAGAUCAUGCGGCUGAAGCACAUCAUCAUCCUGCAGAACAAGAUCGACCUCAUUCAGGAGAGCGUCGCGCUCAACCAGCACGACGCCAUCCAAAAAUUCAUCCAGGGCACCAUUGCAGAUGGCGCACCAGUAAUCCCCAUCAGCGCGCAGCUCAAGUACAACGUGGACGUGGUGUGCGAAAUGAUCAUCAAGCGCAUCCCCAUCCCCGACCGUGACUUUGUGUCGCCGCCCAACAUGAUUGUCAUCCGCUCCUUCGACGUCAACAAGCCCGGCGCCGAGGUCGACGAUAUCAAGGGCGGCGUCGCUGGUGGCAGUAUCCUGCAUGGAGUGUUGAGGGUGGGGCAGAAGAUAGAGGUGCGGCCGGGUAUCGUGGCCAAGGACGCGGACGGCAACAUCCGCUGCACGCCCAUCUUCUCGCGCAUCAUCUCGCUCUUCGCCGAGCAGAACGAGCUGCAGUUCGCCGUGCCGGGCGGGCUCAUAGGCGUCGGCACCACCAUUGAUCCCACGCUCACCCGCGCUGAUCGCCUCGUGGGGCAGGUGCUGGGGGAGGUGGGCGCGCUGCCAGACGUAUUCGUGGAGCUGGAGAUCAACUUCUUCCUGCUGCGGCGGCUGCUAGGAGUGCGCACAAAAGGCACGGAGAAACAAGGCAAGGUGGCGAAGCUGACAAAGGGAGAGGUGCUGAUGCUCAACAUCGGGUCCAUGUCCACUGGUGCGCGCGUGGUGGCGGUGAAGAACGAUCUGGCCAAGCUGCACCUGACGUCGCCUGUGUGCACCAAGACUGGCGAGAAGCUUGCUCUCAGCCGCCGCGUGGAGAAGCACUGGCGGCUCAUUGGCUGGGGGCAGAUUCAGGCCGGGGUGAAGCUUGAUGUGCCGCCACCUGUUGACUUGCCCAAGUAG